AAGCGACUCUUCUAUUGGACAAUCGGACGUUGUAUUUACGGGUCUGUUCUUUUUAGCCUAGCUGGCUGCAACAGUUCUUGGUGAGCGGCUUUGUCUCUUUUUAAAGGGACGGUUAAAAAGACCCCUUCAACUUUGUAUGUACAUACAUACAAGAGAAAGAUACAAGGAAAGAGAAAGAUAGACUCUGAACUGGUGCAGCAAGUUCAGCUAGAAGAACAGAAAACACGGUAGUAUGAACGCUUACUGCACUAGUUCACCAGUGCAGGAACAGAAAACAAGCCCUAUGACUGUCAUUCGCAGGUGGCUGCGUACGUUGGGAGGUUCGAUUUGAACGAGGUACGUGACGCGAGAUGGGCGUCAAGGAUCUGUGGAACAUUUUGUCGCCUUUGUGCGAGAAGAAACCACUGUACGAGUUGCAGGGGAAAACCGUCGCGAUUGAUUUAAGCGGAUGGGUCGUGGACAGCCAAACGAUCGUCGACAAUGCGGUACACUCGAAGAUGUAUCUCAGGAACUUGUACUUUCGUACGGUGUUCUUUCUUAUGCACGGGAUAUUUCCAGUAUUUGUUUUGGAAGGAAAAGCACCCGUCCUAAAGCACAAAACUAUCGCACGGCGGAACAACGUUCGCGGAUUUCAGGAGAGGAAAACCUCUAAGAAAGGAGGGAGAACACAGUUUAGUCGAGUUCUAAACGAGUGUAGAGAAUUGUUAAGAUACAUGGGUGUCGCUUGUGUACAGAGCCAUGGUGAAGCGGAGGCUAUGUGUGCUUACUUAAAUGAAGAUGGACUUGUGGAUGGAUGUAUAAGUCAAGACAGCGACUGUUUCUUGUAUGGUGCGAAAGUGGUGUACAGAAACUUUUCUAUGAGUACCCAAGGAAAUUGCGGAGCCACAGGUGGUUCUGUGGACGUGUACAGUAUAGAAAAAAUAGAGAAGACAUUGAACAUAGGCCGAAGUAAGAUGAUAGCGUUAGCCUUACUGUGUGGCUGCGACUACGAUGAGGGAGUGAAUGGCGUUGGGAAGGAGGCUGCUUUGAAAUUUUUCAAGACUGUAAAAGAGGACAAUGUCUUACAAAGGAUUCAGGAUUGGAGAACUGACAGAAAUUUGGACAGAGUUGAGUCAGAUCUGUUAAAUCCAAAUUUAUGUACGUCAUGUGGUCACCCAGGAAAACUGCAAAAGCACACAAAAUCAGGUUGUACCGAUUGUGGAACUGUUAGGAAGUGUAAUGAUGAUUUUAGGGAAAAGAGGGCUUUGAUAUUAAAUGAAGUAUCGUUAAGAAAGAAGGCGCUCCACGAUGAAAAUUUCCCAAACCAGGAAUUGAUAGAUGAAUUUCUUAUCAGAAAAGAUUCAGUUCCAACUAAAUUAGAUAUAAAAUGGAAACAACCUCAAGUCGCUCAGUUUAUUGACUUUAUGAACAAACAUGUAUGCUGGGAACCACAAUAUGCGUUCGAAAAAAUAUUUACAUUGACUACGAGAUGGCAACUUUUACAUCUACCAGAUUUUACACUCGUUGAACGUCUGUCUAUGACAAAUUUAUUUAUUCCUGAAAACAUAAAGAAGAUACGUAAUAUUAGAUCUAUAGCCAGUUAUGAAAUUAUAUGGAGGAAAGAGCAUGCUGUAAUGGAAAUGCUAAAUGAAUAUAAAGAGCAAGCAAAAGAGAAUGAUGCUGAUGAUGACGAUGUCAAUGCCAAUUUAACAAGUAUUGAGCCACAAGAUUUAGUUCUAAGAUGUUAUCCAGAAUUAGUUGAAGCAUAUGAAAGUACUAGGAACGUAAAAACGAAAAAAAGAACGGCAAAUUCUCGGAAGAAAAAGACUACAAUUGAUAACAAUAAAGAUAAUGAUAUUGAAAUAAAAGAGACUACCAAAUCGAAAGAAAAGAAAGUAAAGAAGAAAACAUUAGAAAAAAAUAGGAAGAUUGACGAAUUUAUACAACAAAAUUGUGCAAUAUCUCUAGAGGAGUCCUUUGAACAAAUGACAAUUUCGCCAAAAAGAUCAAAGUGGGAAAAUGUUUUGAGUGGAGUGAAUGAGUUAGAAGUAAGAGAUGUACCUGAUGCUGUAAACAUGAACAUAAAACAAAUGAAACGUGGACCACAAUUUAAAAGGGUUUUAGAUACAGAAAAGUUAAAUUCAAAGCUGAGUAAAACAUUUGACAAAAUGUUUGAUGAACUCGCUCCUGAUGAUUUUAUGAGUGAAACUGAAGAUAACGAUUUAGAUGUAACACGCGUAAUAGAUAAUAUAUGUAGCAAGCAAGCUUUUCAAUUUAGUAUGAAAAACUGCCAAUCUAUAGAAUCUACUAGCCAGUCCACAGAAAACAUUAUAGAAAGAUGUACAAAAAGUGACAAAUCUGAACCUGUGACGUACAUUAGAGAAGAUUAUGUUCAUGAGGAGGAAAGACAGAAAUCGGAUAGCUCUGAUGAUGAAUUUGGCGAUAUUAAUGAAUCAUAUAUUCCUAUUAAUCAAAGAAUACAAAUAGGAGAAAACCAAAAUUUUUUAUCGACACGUGAUCAAAUAAAAAAAAAAUUUAAUUUUGAUUUUGAAAAUAUUAUGGACCAAACCGAUAAUGGGAGCAUACAUCUAGAUACGUGAUGUUAUAUAAAGCAUGCGAUUCUUUAUUGAAAUAUUUUAAGAAAGUUUUGAAAUAUGUAAAACAACUUUAUUUUGUAUUAUAUCUAUGUUAUUAUAAAAAUAUAUAAAUAUGUGAAAAAUUUUACGUACAAAUAAUACUACAGUCGCAUAGAGCUCACCUGAUAAGACUACCACAUGUUUGCACUGCCGAUGCGAGUAUAUCAAUAUGGCGGAUAUUUCGUAAGACGCAGUCUAAAAUGUCUCAUUUAUUCGAUUGAAGUAAUCGAAAAAGAAAUGAGACGGAUGUUUGAUUUAUUAAUAAACAUUUAUUUAUACAAUA